UUUGUUUGUUUCCGUGGAACACAUUACGCUGACGGACCAAACAAAAAGAUUGCGCACUCUCCGACUUUCCCGCCUGCAGUUGAUGCCUUAAAGUGAAUUUCGCAGUAAAACUCAGAUUUGACUCUCUGAAUCCAGAUGAGGUUUCGGGGGAAGAUCGUGGACGUGGCGUGUCUGAAUCACUUCACCCGAGUCGUCACCACCAUCUCCAAGCUGACCAAGACGUGCGUGCUGCGGCUCAACCCGGACAAACUCUUCUUUGUCCUGUCGGGGAAAGUGGCCAAUGGAGGAGUCGGCAUGUGGUGUGAGCUGUCACAGGCUAACUUCUUUGACGAGUACCAGAUGGAGGGCUUUAACCCAGAGAACAAUGAGAUUUGUCUGGAGGUGGCUCCAGAGAACCUGUCCAGAGCCCUGAAGACGGUCCAGAAUGCCAAAUCUGUUAAAGUCAAACUGACCAAGAAGCAUUGCCCCUGUCUGACUGUCAGUGCUGAGCUGCCCACCAUGUCGAGCAUCAGCAGGGUGGUCACUCAUGACGUUCCGGUGGACGUGAUCCCCACAAGACUCUGGCACGAGCUAAAGGAGCCGAGCAUGCCGGACUUUGAUGUCAGCAUCUACCUGCCGCCUCUGAAGACCAUAAAGAACGUGGUGGACAGAAUGAAGAACCUCUCCAACUUCCUGGUCAUUGAGGCCAACAUGAACGGAAAGAUGAACCUGAAGAUCGAGACCGACCUGGUUUCUGUCUCCACCCACUUCAGAGAUUUAGGAAACCCUCCUUCAGGCGAUGGCGCCUCUCAGGACGGCAGCCCGACCAGAGACCCGCACAGCAUGGCGGAGGUCCGGGUGGACAUCAGGAAGUUGCAGCAGUUCCUGGUGGGACAGCAGGUCAACCCCAGCAAGUCCAUGUGCAAUAUCGUCCAUCAGAGUGUGGUCCACCUGAUUCUGCUGCAUGAAGACGUCUCCCUGCAGUAUUUCAUCCCCAGCGUGGCGUAGACGCGAGCGGUUCCCCUGAGAGGAUCGGGGUCCUGAGGAAGACGAGGAUGACUCGGUUUGAGUUCACCAAUAAACACGGGAGUCAGGAAUGACUGUAACAGACUGAGGACUUUCCAACAAACCAGGGAAACUGAGACUGGCAAUGUUCACGUCCAAGAUCUUCAUGAUCAGAUGUUCUGGUUUAAGGUUUCAUGCAGUCACAGAGGGCAAACAUUAAAAACCUGGUUAGAAA